UUUGAUUCAUUACUUCAGCGCCCACCAGGUUCAAUUGUGGUCCAACGACAUCGAGACAGUUCAUUAUGCCAGUCACAGAAUUCGCAUCCCUCUCAUUGAUUCCCCCUAAUACACUCUCCGACCCGCAUGUAAUAGAUCUCUUCUCCAAGGUUUCUUCCUGGCAAUCAUCCUCUUCAGGUUAUCCGUUAACCUUCUUCACAAAUUCAGCAGAGCCUGCUGAGAUCUACCUCAUCAGUGGAUGGGAUGACGUGCGCGCUCAUGAAAGAUGGAUAGCCAGCUCCAGAAAUCAGGAGCUUCUUCAAAUCGCGGAGGCGUUCCUCAACAUUAUCAGAAUGGUUCACUUGGACCUGAAUUUUAAUGAAUUCCCAGCGGGAGCCGAGUCACUGGUUCACGUGAGGUCCGCGAAGGGUGUAUCAGAGGAGGUAAAAUCAAAGAGUGUGACAUCAAUACAGUGUGGUUGGACUGGGCACGGGAGGGAUGUGCAAGAAAUUAGCACCGGGGUUUAUUAUUUCGCAGAAAGCGGUGAUACCCACUUGGAGGAUGGUGGUCCUGGAAAGGAGGACACAGUGCACGCAAUGACCCAUUUGAAGAGGGUGAAGUUCACUUGAUACAAUUAGUUGAUCUUGCUUCAUUGGAUUUUUUACCCUUGAUAUUAUUACUUAUACAAAUGGUAUAUAUGCUAUGUUA